CCUGGCAGCCUUAAAUUUUUUUGAGCUAAGCGAAGCUGCGGCCUGGUAGCCAGAAGCAGUCCAUCCUGGUCCGUUAGUGGCGAAUUUAAGAUUCAUUGAUACGUUCUUUUGUUCUGCCUUGAAGUCAUGUCGGGAAGUGACAAUGACUCCAUAGACUUGGCAAGAUCUGGAUCUCCUGUUCACCACAGAAAAAAACAUAGUAUGGAGUCAUCUAAAUCACAGAGAAGCUCCAAACACCAUCAUUUAAAGUCUAGGUCACGCUCACGCUCCAGGGACCGAAAACGGGACAGAAAAUACAGACGAAGUCACAGCAGGAGCAAAGAGGCACGAAAAAAGGAUUCUGACAAACCAUCAAAGUCGCACAGAAAAACGGGGGAGCAGCAAGACCAAGACCGACUCGGUCCGGUGGAGAAUGGAGACGAGCGAUCUAGACGCAAAGAGAGGAGAUCUUCAAGGGGUCGAAGCUUGUCUAGAUCACACUCAAGAGAGAGACGACACCACAGUAGAAGUAGAGACAAAAGGCGGUCUCGAUCACGCAGCCGUGACAGAAAGAAGAAGGCCCGUUCUCGCUCAGGCUCAAAGACCAAACAUCGUCACAGCAGAAGUCGCAGCAGGAGUCGGGAACGCAAGAAGAAGAUUGAGAAAGUUGCCAGAAAGAGCCGAAGCAGGUCGGUUAGCCCAGUAAUCUUCCGUGGCCGAAACACAGCUAUGGAUGCACAAGAAGCCUUAGCCAGAAGACUAGAAAGAGCUAAAAAGCUGCAGGAGCAGAAGGAGAAAGAAGUAUUUGAAAAGCAGCAUCAACAACAAGAAAUUAGUACAGCAGCUCCUGUUGCAGCUGCCUCAAACCCUGGUCUCAAUGUGGCUGCCCUCUUGGCCUCUGGGACACAAGUCACUCCUCAGAUUGCCAUGGCUGCACAGAUGGCAGCACUUCAAGCCAAGACUCUUGCAGAGACUGGUAUUGCUGUGCCCACCUAUUACAACCCCUCUGCUGUAAACCCCAUGAAGUUUGCAGAGCAGGAAAAAAAGAGGAAAAUGCUGUGGCAGGGAAAGAAAGAAGGAGACAAGUCCCAAACAGCUGAGCUCUGGGAGAAGCUAAACUUUGGAAACAAGGACCAAAAUGUCAAAUUUCGGAAACUAAUGGGCAUCAAGGGAGAGGAUGAAGCAGAAGCUUCUAAACCCAUAAAUGAGGAAGGCCUAAAAACUCUUCAGAAACAGGAGGAGGUGUUCCGAAACCUUGACGUCCAGUAUGAAAUGGCCCGUUCUCAGACACACACCCAGCGGGGAAUGGGCCUCGGCUUUACGUCUUCAUUCUCCCGCGGAAUGGACUCAAUUUAGUGCUGCACUGUGAUCGUCAUCGCAAAUCAUUGGAUCGUACAAAACUACCAAGUCAUCGCUAGCCCUCAAGCUUGCACGAAAUUCGCUUCGAGUUUGUAAUUUAUUUAUAGACAAAGGUCUCACAUAUUGUAACAUUAUAUUGUAAAUAGCAAUACACUGAUUUCAUCUCAGUGUGUGUAUGUACAUCUUUGGAAAAGGAUGCAUCAUGUUGACUUGUUGAUGCUGAAUAUACAUUUGUUUUCAACAUUGUGGUAACUUUUUUAAAAACCCAAUAUAUACAUUGAUAUGUGAUUAGCUUAUGUUGUGAUUUAAUUUGACACCAAAUACACCCAUUUAGAAAGAGCCAUUGAAGGUUACCGUAGCACUGGAAUCUCUCUGCUUUCCAAGAUUUGGUAAAGACAAAAAUGUCUCCUGGGGAUGAGAAAAUGAAAAUUUUCUGCGUUGUUUCUGAAUUAAAUGGUUUUGUGUUAGGAGAAA